AUGGAGUAUAAAAUCAUUGAUUCAAUUGACAAGAAAAUUCUAGAUGACUUGAUAAGUGUUAGUGAUAGAUAUUAUACACACAAAUAUUGUACAAAGAUUCAGGGAAUUGAUGAGGCACUUAGACAAAGAAUUAGCUUUCAUUCAAAUCGUUUAUGCAUGCUUUCAUUAGCAGAUAAUCAUCCAGCUAUGGAAAAGACUAUAACAAAAGUUAACUUUGAGAUUUCUGAUAAGUUGAAUAGAUUGAAAAAUGUAGUGUCAGGUAAAGGAAAGAAGGGUGCUCAAAAAUUAGAAGGCAAAUCUAUUGUUUGUUAUGUUGAAACUAAUGAUGGUGAGAAGUAUCCAGUUUAUAGUUGUCUCAAGGGCAAGUUAUUGGAAAUUAACAACUUUCUUAUUGAGAAACCUGAUUUAAUUCAGACCCAUCCUGUAAGCAAUGGUUACAUUGCAUUGUUGCUGCCUGAUUUGAAAUAUUAUGCUGAAGCAAAAGAAUGUAUGCUGGAUGAAGCAGAGUAUCUUAAAAUUUGCAAUGAAACAUCUGCACAAUAAUAAAAUAUAGUAACCAA